AGUGAGACCCAGUCAGCCAGUUUCCCACAUAAGCUGGUCGGCGCAAGUCCGCUCCGCAUCCCCACCAACUCGGGCACCAUGAAUACCUGGCUCAUGUUUGGUCUCUGUUUCUUGGUGUUUACACUUCACUCCUUGUCUGGAGCGGAUGGAUCCAAGAAGUACAUUCCUCCGGUUGUUUUAAUACCGGGGUGUGGAGGGUCCCAGAUGGAGGCGAGGUUUGACAGCGACGAGGAGUUGAUCACCGCCUGUCGAACUGAGAUUGGUGAAUGGUUCUUAAUGUGGUUUAACAUUGAGAAUAUUAUUCCUUACUACAUCGAUUGCGUCAUUGACGGCAUGAAAUUACAAUAUGACAAUGUGACGCGCACUACCAGAAAUGCCCCAGGCGUGGAGACCAGAAUCCCUGGUUUUGGAAACACAUCAACAGUGGAGUGGCUAAGCAAAGACCAUCCUUACGUCCUGAGUUACUUCCACGAUAUAGUCAGCAGUCUCAUUCCCCUUGGCUACGAGCGGGGUGUUUCCGUCAGGGGAGCUCCUUAUGAUUUCCGCAAGGCCCCAAACGAGAUGGGUGAGUAUUUCUGGGACCUGGAGCAACUGAUCGAGACGACAUACGCGAGCACGGAGCAGAAGGUGGUGCUGGUGGCCCACAGCAUGGGGGCGCCCUUGAUCCACUACUUCCUCAACCACAAGUCUCAACACUGGAAGGACAAGCACAUUGAAGCGCUGGUCACCCUCGCUGGUACUUGGGGGGGCUCUGUCAAGGCCGUGAAUGUAUAUGCUACAGGAGACAACUUGGGAAUACCUUUCCUAAGCUCCAAGACAGCUAGGAGAGAACAGGUGACCUUAGCAAGCUUGGCGUUCCUCCUGCCCUCACCUGAGCUCUGGGGCCCUGACGAGGUCCUCAUCCAGACUCCUGACGAUAAUUUCACAACCUCAAACUUCAAGGAGAUGUUUGAGGCAAUGGAAUUACCAGAUGCGUAUGAAAUGUACCUGGACACGAAGGGGUUGCUGCACAACGCGCCUGCUCCAGGAGUGGAGAUUCAUUGCAUACACGGUGAAGGAAUCCCUACAGUGGAAAAGAUGGUUUACCACGCCGAUAGAUUCCCGGAUUAUCCCCACAUCGUCUUUGGUGACGGGGACGGCACUGUCAACGCUCGCAGUAUGCGCCACUGUCUUAAAUGGGUGAAUGAGCAGGAGCAGAAAAUUUAUCACGUGCCGAUGCCUAACAUAGACCACAUGGAUAUCAUCAAGGUAGAACCCAGUCUCGGUUACCUCGUCAAUUUACUCAGCACCAUCACAAGAAGAAAUGAGCAACGAGCUGGCGAGAAAAUGGAGAAUUUUAUCCAAAGUGAGAAGAGAAAGGAGAGAGAAUUCUUAAUGAAAUAUCCAGGUUUAGGAGAGGCUACCCAAGCCGCGCGUGAACCAGUGGUAGACCAAACACACUGGGAUAACACCUCUUUAGAAAGCGGGGAUAUUAAUCAGAUAAGAGUACAACUCGACGAAACUCCCUCAGUGGUGACUGGAUUUUAAAUAUGGAAGAAGCAGUAUAAAGACUGCCGUCUCCCACUGCAAGAGUCAACAUUACAUACCUGUAAUUAUUAUAGAUUAUCACGUUUCACGGUAUCUUACUUUUAAGCGUUUUAUUAUAGGUUCUAAUGUAUUUCCAUGUGUAUUUCAUGUAUUAUUUCAAUUUUAUAUAUAAAUGACUGUGUACGACAGUAUAGGGUUUUUCAUUUUACGUAGACAGAACUAAUUAAUGCUUUCUUGGAAUGAUAUAUAUUAAGAGUAUUGACUGAGGGAAAUAAUAUUUAAAAAAUAUUCGACGCUUUUUACAUGUGUCAUCGCUCGCGAGUUUCUUUUUCUUGAAUAUUAUGAACGUUUUACUCUUCUCAAGGCACAAAUCACUGUUAAUAAUAGCUCUCCUAGUAAUAGCAGGUCAGUAUAGGCCAAUUGAAACAUAUGUCUCUUCCCAUUGGCCACUGUUAAUUACUCCCACUCAAUAUUGCUGGGUCAGUUGGCCAACUAGAAUGUAUGUGCCUUGUCAUUUUUACUGUUAACCCUUGGACUGCGCAAAUCUAAACAACUUUAAACAAUUAGAAUUGGUAUUCCUAUUUUUUCUAAAUGUAAGUUAAAAUUAGCUAACCAUUUUAUUUUGUAAUGCAUACAUUUCCUUGGAUGUGUAGAAUUUCAUUAAAUGAGAACAUUGUUAGCUGUUUUCAAAUCUUUAAACAGC